UAUAAAUUCGCAGCAUCCAGUCCGUACUUCUUGGCCGAGUCCAAUUUCCCAUGGCGACGUCAGAGAAGCAAGUGAUGGUUGUGGGGAUCGAUGAGUACGAUCACAGCACCUACGCCCUCCAAUGGACACUCGAUCAUCUCUUCGCGAACGGUCCUAAUCCUUCCUUCAAACUCGUUCUCGUUCAUGCCAAGCCUACAGCUGCUUCUGCUGUUGGCAUUGCUGGACCUGUUUGCAGGAGCUGCUGAUGCUUUGCCCGUUGUCGAUUCCGAUUUGAGGAAGAUUGCUGCCAGAGUUGUCGAAAAAGCUAAAGAAAUCUGCACUAAUAAAUCGGUGAAUGAUGCUGCAGUGGAAGUAGUGGAAGGUGAUCCAAGGAAUGUUCUGUGCGAUGCUGUAGAAAGACAUCACGCCUCAAUGUUGGUCGUGGGUAGUCAUGGUUAUGGAACUAUAAAGAGGGCGGUUUUAGGUAGUGUAAGUGACUAUUGUGCUCAUCAUGCUCACUGCACUGUGAUGAUAGUGAAGAAACCAAAAAUCAAGCACUGAUCUGCGUUAUAGUAGCAGACAACAAUAAAGUGCUUACAUUAGCAGCGAACAGCGAUGAAGUGUUUUCAGAAAUUUCUAGAAAAUAUAUUUGUUGUGGCAUGUGUGAUGUUUCCUUUCACGCCGUAUUAUUGUAUUCUUAAUCUUAAUUUUAGUUUUAAUUUUAACGAUAAAGCUAGUAGUUAUUACGUAAGUGCUGGAUAGAUUCCCUUACCAGAUGCAUAGCUUAUUUGAUUUUAUCUUCUGAUUUCGAAUAAAAUGAGAUUUCAAGCUGUAAA